AAAUCCAUGACUUCCGCGUUUUCCUCCGUGUCCGAAACUGUGUGCACAUUAGCCUUACUGUAGUAUAAAAAGCCAUCAUGGUGCUCACAGACGUUCACAUCUCACAUUAAGACACGGACUGGACUUUGUGCUAUCAAGAGGACUAUCUUUGUGGAGCAAAACAACCGAACACCUGUAGCUGCACAACUUCCAAAGUCUUUUUUUCGCUAAAUAAACUGGACGGAGUGCGGUCUGCCUGAAGCUCAGGCAUUUUACAGCCGAUUAAUGGAACACCAAAAUAAAGAGAUGGACGUUGAGUCUUUCCAGAAGAGCGGCCGCCGCCGUGGAAGCUGCCUUAAUGUUUUUCUCGUCAUGUCGAUCAUUUUUCUGCUUGUGGCGGUGACCGCUUUGGCAGCAGGCGGAGUGAUGGUUGUGAUGGAGCUGCGGUCCAAACUGGAGUCCCCGCGUCCGUCUUUUGAGUUUAAGGAAUCAAGGCUGACAGAAGACACACCUGACCCAGCAUACAAGAUGCAGAACUUUGCCUAUCUGGAAGCCAUCUCAAGCGACUUGCAGACCUCCACCAUGCAGUGGACUCCAGUCUCCUACGGUGCUGGGAAGUCUUUGGGAAGCAACUUCUUGUUUGACGCAGUGCAGCAAACGCUGAAGGCCAAACGGGUGGGGACCUACUUCAUAUACAUCGAUCUCAACCUCACCUGCACCUACAACUGCAACGCGGGACUCCUCAGCGUGCAUGUGGGCGAUAAGCUCAACUGCGAGGUGGAGCUUCCGGCUAUGGCAGAUACAACACCUGUGAGCAAGAAAUGCUGGACAGUGAGCCGGAUGGAAGGGCAGACACUGGCCACUCAGAUGACCGUGCCGAAGGAUGGACUGAAGAACUGGAAACUGGAGCUGAUUGGCUCAAGAUUCGGGAUGUUCCUCGUGGACUAAUGUGGACACUGCAGUGCCACUGCUGCCUUCCCUUGUGUGACCUUGAGGUCGUAACUAAAGAAUAACACAGGUGAAAAUGGACAGGCGCUGGUGCCAGUUUCAAAGCUAUAACCAGAUUUCUUGCAAAUUAAGGUGAUUGAAGCUUGGCAGGACUUUAAGUUGGAUUCUGAGGAGAAGUUGCAUUUAUGAUGCACACAGCAUGUGGGAAAGAUGCUCUCCUAAUUCUGUAUAAAUAUGUAUAUGUAUUUUAUAAUAUGGAACUAUUUAUGUACUUAUAUUAUUGACUUAUAUUUAUACUUCUUUGUAUACUUUUAUUUUGAUGUAGAUAUCACUACAUAGGUGUUGAUGUACAAUACAUUACAGGUGUAUUCAGCCUACAUUGGGCUAAAUUACUUUAUAGCUCUGUUUUCAUUUGAUAAAUUACUGGGGGCAUAAAGUUGAGGCUUACAAAAAUGUGCGAUUAUAAUUCUGCUGCAAAACCCCAACAAGCUCCUCAGGGACCUCAUUUAGAUCUAGUGUAGUUACAGUGGAGUCAUUUGAUCCCUUGUGGAAAAUGAUAAGUAACAGUCUGCACUUGAAAUAACUUUUACAGACACAAGGUACCAUGAAAAGUAUCGUUCUGUACUGAAAACAUGACCAGAAAAGACUAAAAUCUCUUUAGUAUGUGGACUCGUGAAUUGAGAAAAUGUUUUGUUUUUGCAAAAUAUGUAAGUCCUAUGGACAAACUACACAUUGUCGAAUGUAUUUUAUUGUAAUCCAUAUUAAACUUGACGAGUGAAAGUGAUUGGAA